GAUUAAAGAAAUAAUGGAACACAUCCAUCUCCUGACUGUAAUUAAGAUUGAGCAGGCUGGCGAUGAAAUAGUAAGCAAUGCUAUUUCUUAUGCUCUGUACAAAGCUUUCAGCACUAAUGAGCAGGAUAAGGACAAUUGGAAUGCACAGCUGAAAUUGUUGCUAGAGUGGAACCAGUUGGAUCUUGCUAGUGAAGAAAUCUUCACAAAUGAUCGGCGAUGGGAGUCAGCUGACCUAGAAGAUGCCAUGUUUGCUGCACUAGUGAAGGACCGACCAAAGUUUGUGCGUCUUUUGCUGGAGAAUGGUCUAAAUCUACACACGUUUCUGAGCAAUGAAAUCCUUAGUGAACUUUUUUCUCUCAGAAUUUUAGUACCCUAGUAUUUCGUAAUUUACAAAUUGCCAAAAACUCUUACAAUGACUCCUUACUCACCUUUGUCUGGAAAAUGGUAUUGAACUAUCAAAGAAACCGCAAAGAGGAGAGGAACAGCUGUGAUGACUCAGAUAUCCACGAUCUCACACUAAUAAUUAAACAUCCAGUCCAGGUUUUGUUCAUAUGGGCCAUCCUGCAGAACAAGAGGGAGUUGUCCAAAGUUAUAUGGGAGCAGACAAGAGGAUGCACCUUGGCUGCUCUGGGCGCCAGCAAACUGCUUAAGAGUCUGGCUAAAGUAAAGAAUGACAUCAGUGCUGCAGGGGAGUCAGAGGAGAUUGCAAAUGAAUAUGAAACCAAAGCAGUAGAGCUAUUCUCAGAGUGCUACAGCAAUGAUGAGGAUUUGGCAGAGAUGCUGCUUGUGUAUUCCUGUGAGGCCUGGGGAGACUGUAGUUGCCUUGAGAUGGCUGUAGAGGCAAAAGACCAGCAGUUUAUAGCACAGCCAGGAGUGCAGAACUUCCUUUCUAAGCAAUGGUAUGGGGAUAUUUCCAGAGAUACCAAAAACUGGAAGGUUAUUAUGUCUCUGUUCCUGUUUCCUCUUAUCGCCUGCGGCUUUAUAUCAUUCAGGAAAAAAACAACAGAUCCAAAAAGACCCAUCUUUUUGAAUUACUUGGCUUUCUUCACCUCACCUUUUGUUGUCUUCUCCUGGACAGUCAUUUUCUACAUUGGAUUCCUACUUCUUUUUGCUUAUGUCCUUCUUAUGGAUUUUCAGAUAUACCCUACA